AUGAAUCCUCUGCUGGCUGGCAUCUUCCUGGGUGGAUUUUCUCACCUCCUGGCAGGGAUCGAAUGUGCCAAUGAGAUCGACGAAUGCCAAGAUGACCCUUGUGAAAAUGGCGGUACCUGCGAAGACACCAUUGCUGACUAUAUCUGCCGUUGCACCUUCAACCCAGAUGGCGUCUCCUGGGGUGGGAAGAACUGCUCCGUGGAGCUCACGGGGUGCAAGGCCCACAACUGCCAAAAUGGGGCGUUGUGUGUCCCCACCUUCCAAUUGGAGGCCCACGGCUACCUGUGCCAAUGUCCUCCUGGAUUUUAUGGGCCCACCUGCACCACCCCAACCACCUUCUCCCUCACGGACAAUGGCUACCUCUUAAUCAACGCAUCUGCAGAUGAUAAGAACACAAGUGGCCAUGGAGCCAGCGUGGCUCUUCGGUUCCGGACCACCCUUCUCAACGGCCUCCUUUUCUACCGAGGCCACCAAACCGAGCAUCUUCUCCUGGAACUCUACGCUGGCCUCCUCCAGGUGAUGCUCUUGAGCCAGGAGGCCAAUGUAUCUUUCACACUGGAAGCACCUCCAGUGAACGAUGGCCACUGGCACAAGGCGGAGGUCUCUCUGCGAGAGUCUCUUGAAUUCAGGCUGUGGCAUGAAGCUUGCCCAGGAGGCAUCUGCCUGUUCAGCCACCCCCUUGGCGAGACCACCCCUGUUUCUCUACUACCCUCAUUUCUGAAUAUCUACGUUGGUGGGGUUGAAGAGACCUUAACGAUCAACUGCACGAGACACUUCACUGGUUGCCUGGAAGACCUGCAGAUUGACUCGAAGAUACUCCUACCAGAGGACGUAAAAGGUCUGCAGCUUUCUGGAUUUCAGCUGGGUUGUGAGAGAACGGAAUGGUGCCAGUCUGAGCCUUGUUCCCACGGCGGUCAAUGUGUUGACUUCUGGACAGACUUCCGUUGUCACUGUUCCCGGCCUUACGAAGGCCACACUUGCUCCUACGAGUCACCUGCAGCAACAUUUGGCCAGGACAAUUCUUCUAGUUUUGCCACCUUUGAGGUUCCCAACAGCCUCGGACCCAAUUUUAACCUCUCCUUUUUUAUCCGGACACGGAAGGCCAGUGGCUUCAUCUUCCAGAUCAGCAAUGGAAGCGAUGUUUUCCUUACAGUCUACCUGAAGGACGGGAAGCUCCGGAUCGAGUCACCGUCGGCUGCUUCAGUGGGGCCUCCUGGAAAUCUGGCCGAUGGCACCAGACACUUUGUGGUGCUGUCCUUCCGCGAAGGCUUUGCUUGGGCCAGCCUCCUAAACAGAGAAGAAGAAUUGCUGGGAGAUCUGGCCGUCACCUUUCUGGCCGCUAAUUUUGAGAUCCACGUGGGUGGGCUCCCCCACCAAGAAAACCUGGAGUCUUGGGGAGGCCCUUUCAAAGGCUGCCUGCAGGAUAUCCAACUCAAUCACCGCCAGAUGCAGUUUUUCCCUCCUCCAGAUAACGGAAGCCUUCCACAAAACGUGUACGUGGGGCGAAACCAGAACGUUGUUCCAGAAUGCCUCUCAGAUAAUGCCUGCAAGUCUUCACCUUGCCUCAACGGUGGACUCUGUUCCGUCACCUGGAAUGAUUUUAACUGCAGUUGCCCCUCCAACUUCACAGGAAAAUGUUGUGAGGAGAAAGUCUGGUGCCAAAGUGAUCUGUGUCCUCCAUCUACCGCUUGUGUGGAUGUCGCCUCUGGUUACGUUUGUCUGGCCAAUGCCACAUUUGAGGAGCAGGAUGCAGUUGAAUUCACAGCAAAUACAUCCGUCACCAGAGCUCUUCACAGCCUCCGCCUGGACUUCAGAACGCGGGAUGAUGACGCUGUCUUGAUGCAAGCCGUGGAGGAAGUGGAUUCUCUUCUGGUGGCUAUUCAAAACUCUUCGCUCCUGGUUGAAAUCCGGAGUGGGAAUGGAGUCGAGGGAGCCAACCUUCUCAGGCCCACACCCAUCUCUGAUGGCUCAUGGCACACCCUCUUGUUGACCAUGGAAGAGCCCUCGGCCUAUUCGUCAAGGUGGCACCUCCAACUGGAUGAUUCCACCAAUACAACCCUCCUGGGAAAUGCGGGCAACCUGGAUUUCUUAAAAAGCAACACAUUUAUUGUCUUGGCUGAAAACUUCACGGGUUGCCUCGGUCAUGUAGACAUCGGGGGGCUGCUUUUGCCCCUGGCCAGCCACCCUCUUUACCCACAGCCGGAACAAUUCGUUCAAGUGUCCAGCAGGCCCCUCCUUCUGGGCUGCCGGGGUGAAGACGUCUGUUCUUCCAAUCCGUGUCACCACAAAGGCUCCUGCUUGGACCUCUUCAAUGCCUUCAGUUGUGCCUGCCAGCCUGGGUGGGAAGGGCCGCUGUGUGAGACCAACACGGACGACUGCAAAUCCAGCCCGUGUCUUCACGGCGAGUGCAAAGACCUGGUGGGAGACUUCCAGUGUGUCUGUCGUAAGGGCUUCAUUGGGAAACGUUGCCAUAUCAACGUAGAUGACUGCGUGAGGCACCAGUGCCAGAACGGAGGGAUCUGUGUGGACGACGUCUACAGCUACUCCUGCAAAUGCCCGCCAGAAUACUCCGGCCCCCUCUGCGAGUGGCCCUUUCCUCCUGAACAAUGUGGCAAGAACUUCACCUGUUUGAACGGUGGCCAAUGCAUGAGCGGCCCCUGGGGAGCCAACUGCAGCUGCAAGACUGGCUACACGGGCGUGAAGUGCCAGAUCAACAUCAGUGACUGUGACCCCAACCCCUGCAAAAACGGGGGGACGUGUCAGCACUCCACGAAUCAUUUCUGGUGUAUCUGCAGUGCCAACUACGCUGGAGAAUAUUGUGAUGUCAGUAGAGGAAGCCUCCCAGGCCCUGCCUUCCCCUUCCCCUUGGUCGAAGUGGCCGUGCCGGUCGUCUGCAGCUGCCUGUUCCUUCUCAUCAUCAUCCUCGUCCUGAUGAUUCUCACCGCCAGGAAGAGGCGCCAGUCCGAGGGAACCUACAGCCCGAGCCAGCAGGAAGUGGCCGGAGCUCGCCUGGAGAUGGACAGCGUCCUCAAAGUCCCACCAGAAGAACGUUUAAUAUGAGCAUCGAGGAGUUCAUAAAGUUGGCUCUUGGGAG